CUGUGAGAAGCUAUCUCUGAGCCUGGAUCCGAGCUCAGAAAGGCAGGCCUCCCUUAACCAAGAGCCGCCUUAGGUGAGCGUAAUUUUAGCUCCCUCCAGACUUUUCACACAGCACAAGAACAGUCUCUUCGCCAAAAUAGGUCCGGAGUGGUUGAAAUAUUCACAGAAAUGUGGGAUUCUUUUAGCUAAGCCCUGACUUCUUUCACCUCCUUAAUAAUUCACCAGGCUCAUUUAUCUUCGGGAGGAAUCCAAUGGCAUUUCUUCCACGUUCUUGCAAAACUCCCUUCAAAUUUCCUGAGGAUGUUCAGACACCUCGCCGUGAAGGACUAGCCCCACCUCCACACAGCCUGUGCUGAGCCCCAGUGAAGGGGACACUGCCUUAAUGACUCUCCAGAGCUCGGAAGGCUGUCCUGGCCUGGGAACUGAUGUGUUUGCCCCACAGGAGCUACAGGGGGCUGAAGAGAGUAGGUCAGAAAGAAAUGUCAGUGAGUUUGAGCACACACAGGACCUGGAAACUCCCAGUCUCCCACCUCUGCUUCCCACGGCCCUUGGGGGCUCUCAGGGUGGGGUCUCUCCAUGCCACCUGCUGACAGUGAAGGUCAUCCGGAUGAAAAAUGUCCGGCAGGCUGAUAUGGUGAGCCAGACAGACUGCUUUGUGAGCCUUUGGCUGCCCACCGCUUCUCGUGAAAGGCUGAGGACUAGGACCAUCUCCAACUGCCCAAACCCAGAGUGGAAUGAAACCUUCAGCUUCCAGAUCCAGAGCCAAGUGAAGAACGUGCUGGAGCUGAGCAUCUGUGAUGAAGACACAGUGACACCAAAUGACCACCUGUUGACAGUCCUCUAUGACCUCACCAAGCUCUGCUUCCGAAAGAAAACCCAUAUGAAGUUCCCACUCAACCCAGAGGGCAUGGAAGAGCUGGAGGUAGAGUUCCUGCUGGAGGAGAGUCCCUUUCCACCUGAGACCCUCGUCACCAACGGCGUGCUGGUGUCUCGACAAGUCUCCUGCUUAGAGGUUCAUGCAGAAUGCAGGAGGCAGAAGAAGAGCAGGAAAAUGAAGGACCUCCUGGUGACAGUAAAGGAGUCCUUCGAGCACACCCAGCGUGUCUCGCACUGCCAGGAGCCCUGCUGCCUGAACCUGGCCUGCUUCCACUACCCCAAGUACUUCCAGCCCCGGAUGCAUGUGGAAGUGCCCAAGAGCCAGUGGAGAUGUGGGCCCUGCUGCUGCUGUGCGCGCAAGAACAGCCCUGUCUGCCAGCCCCUCGAUUGCCUUCCUGACGGCCAGGCGGUGACCCUGCCGGUGGGUGAGAAUUGUGAGUUACACGUGAAGUCUACACCCUGCCCCCAGACGCUUGACGUGCGGCUGGGCUUCAGCCUAUGCCAGGCAGAGCUGGAGUUUCUGCAGAAGCGGAAGGUGGUGGUGGCCGAGGCACUGAAACAGGUGUUGCAGCUGGAGGAGGACCUGCAUACGGACGAGGUACCAUUGAUAGCCAUCAUGGCCACUGGGGGUGGAGCAAGAUCCAUGACCGCCAUGUACGGCCACCUGCUGGGGCUGCAGAAGCUGAACAUCCUGAACUGUGCCAGCUACAUCACUGGCCUGUCAGGGGCCACCUGGACCAUGGCUACCUUGUACCGUGAUCCUGACUGGUCCUCCAAAAACCUGGAGCCGGCCAUAUUUGAGGCACGGAGGCAUGUGGUCAAAGACAAGAUGCCUGCCCUAUUCCCAGACCAGCUCUGCAAAUUCCAGGAGGAGCUUCGGCAGCGCAGUCAGGAAGGCUACAAGGUCACCUUUACAGAUUUCUGGGGCCUUCUGAUUGAGGCCUGUCUGGGGGAUGAGAGAAAUGAAUGCAAACUGUCAGAUCAGCGUGCUGCUUUAUCCCAAGGCCAGAACCCCCUGCCCAUCUACCUCACCAUCAAUGUCAAGGAUGAUGUAAGCAACCAGGAUUUCAGAGAGUGGUGCGAGUUCUCCCCCUACGAAGUGGGCCUGCAGAAGUACGGCGCCUUCAUCCCCACUGAGCUCUUCGGAUCCGAGUUCUUCAUGGGGCGGCUGAUGAAAAGGAUCCCAGAGUCAAGGAUGUGCUACAUGCUAGGUUUGUGGAGCAGCAUCUUCUCCCUGAACUUGCUCGAUGCCUGGAAUCUGUCCCAUACCUCAGAGGAGUUUUUCCACAGGUGGACGAGGGAUAAAGUGCACGACAUCGAAGAUGAGCCACUCCUGCCUGAAAUCCCCAAAUGUGAUGCCAACAUCUUGGACACCGCGGUGGUGAUCCCAGGGUCCUGGUUGUCCAAUACUUUCCGCAGCAUCCUCACCCAUAGGUCCUUCGUGUCUGAGUUCCACAACUUCCUGUUGGGGCUGCAGCUGCACAACGACUACCUCCAGAACAGCCAGUUCUCCAUGUGGAGAGACACGGUGCUAGAUACUUUCCCGAACCAGCUGACGGGGUCCGUGAACCACUUGUGCCUGUUGGACACUGCAUUCUUUGUCAAUUCCAGCUACCCGCCCCUCCUUAGGCCUGAGAGAAAAGUCGACCUCAUCAUCCACCUCAAUUACUGUGCUGGGUCCCAGACAAAGCCCAUGAAACAAACCUGUGAGUACUGCUCUGUGCAGAAUAUCCCCUUCCCCAAAUAUGAAGUGCAAGAGGGGGACGAAAAUCUCAAGGAGUGCUACCUGAUAGAGAACUCCCAAGAACCUGAUGCUCCCAUCGUGAUUUUCUUCCCACUCAUCAAUGACACCUUCCAGAAGUACAAGGCCCCAGGUGUGGAGAGGAGCCCCGAGGAGCUGGAGCAGGGCCACGUUGACAUUUAUGGCCCCAAAACUCCGUAUGCUACGAAGGAGCUGACAUACACAGAGGCCGCCUUUGACAAGCUGGUGAAGCUCUCUGAGUACAACAUCCUGAAUAACAAAGACAAGCUCUUUCAGGCCUUGAGACUGGCGGUGGAGAAGAAGAAACGCCUGAAGAGCCAGUGUCCCUCCUAAGUCCUAGGGAGCCUCACCGAUCCUGUGUCUGCUCCCAUGGUCAGAGGCACGGAGCCCAUCAGGGCUGACUGGCCCGCACACCAGCUCUGCUCUCUGGUGAGGGGUGCAGGCAGGCUGGCCCUGGCUUUCUAUCAAAGAAAUAUACAUUUUUAAAAGUUGAGAGAGAGAGAGAGAAGAAAACAAAGGAAGAUAACACAGACAUGUGUUGGGAUUUUAUACCCAUGGCAUUUUUUUAAACCUUUCCCUGCAGGGAAAAGGGCCCAAUAGCCACAGGCUCCCACACAUGUCCAAAGUGGCCUGAAGAAGAGGCUAGUUCCUAAGAAACUCGGACUGCACAGUGGAGCUCAAAGCCCUCUCGACUCUACUGCUCUCUGCCUCCUGGCACGGAGGGCCUCCAGGAGUGCACAAGAGGACCUGAGGAACACUCUGUGUUCUCUGGAAAAACAAUUUUUUAAAUUUAAGGCAAUUACGUUCUUGUGAUUUUUAUAGGCUAUGAUAUUUUGUGGUUUUCAUUUUUAUGAAUCAGGGUAUUAAUAGAUGGCGUGAUGCUGGAAGAUCUAGACAGAGUGCUAGAUAUCCUGGUCUCUUCAACAACAAAGCCAAACAGGUGACUGAUGGGUUUCAGCAGCCCCCCCUGCAGCCACUCAGAGCCCCAGGACUGGUGAUUCCUGAGAUCCCACCCACACAGCCCCAUCUGAGCCCCCAGCUCCAAUGAAAUGCCAGGCAAAGCCCCAGUCUACAGCUCAGGUUCACAGAACAAGGAUCUGGGAUGCAGCUGAGGGACGUUUGAGUAGGUAAAUGGAUUCAGGCAUCAGGCUGGCACUCGCUGACCAACCUGCUCCAGGAGCACCGCUGAAUUCUCUUAUCACCUUCCUCUCUGGUUUCCAGAUGGGAUUAUUUAUUUCUAAAUGGGAUUCCUCUUAUUUAUCAUGUAAACACAAUGGCCAGCACAUCCCACCUCUUGGAGAGUCACCCCCAAAAGAAUGAAACUAGGAAGGAUCAACCUUUAAAGGACUCGGUUAGCUCUGAGGAAGAAGCCCAUCCUUGUAGAUGGUUUGCAGAUAAAUCACUGGGGAAAGGCCCAGGACACAGAAGCCCAGUCAAAGUAUCCAGGUCUCCCAUCAGGCUGGGAACUUGACUAAAGAACUGUAUAACCUGAGCCAUUGAGAUGUCCAGGCCGAUGGAAGGUGUGCCCAGAAAGGCACGUGGUCCCAGCAAACAUGGAACAUAGGGCCCUCUUUCUUGGCCUCUAUGCUCCCAUAGGCAGUCCUUUGGUUGUUAGGAGAUGGGUGACGAUAAGUAACGAAAGUUUAGAAAAAGCAACUUCCAAAAUACAUCCUUGGUGGGCCACUGGUUAGAAAUGCAGAAGCUCAGGCCCCACCCCAGCUCUGCUGAAUCAGAGUCUGCAUUUUAAGGAGAUUCUCACCUCCUCUCUGCUGCCCUUCCCCCAGACCCUCAUCCCCAUAAUGGCUACACAUAUUAAAUUUGAGCGGCGUGGACUCGCGCCAUACUCUCCUAUAAGCUGGGAAAGUAGGAAUUAAUCAGCUCACCUGAACCACUGGUAAACAAGGCUUCCAGACCUGCAAAACCGGUCCCCACCCAGAUAAUGCCGACCCGGGACGCCACCCGUCUCCUCCACCAGAACAGCCAACAGCCUCCACUUUGACAUCUUUUCUUUCCAUCUGCAGCAAACGGGCUCUCCUUAAAUUAGCAGAGUAGGUCAGGCCACAAGACCUGUGUGUUAUAAGAUGAAGGCAGCCCUGCCUUAGAUUCCUCAAAGUGUGAGGCUUAUAAAACCAUUGUAUUAUUUGAGCACAGAAUAAAAUGGCCAUGUGGGUAAACGCCGUUGACUCACCUUCAUUCAUUAUCUGGUGCUGCAAAACAUGCCUAACUCCUGCCCUUGUCCCCGCCUGGGCUUCUCACACACCACGGCCAGCCCGUGGCGUGAGAAGGCCGCUGUUUCUUCUGUUUUUAGGAAGCCAUGUCGGCAACCAAUGGGACACCAGCUCUCGCCGCCUGGUGCCCUUUGAGGUUCAGAUGGUUUCAGGAAGCACUGAGCG